GAUGCAGGCUCGUUCAUGCAGAUGAUUGCGAGAACGCGCAGCGCGGUCACGCAAAUCUGGAAAACUAGACAAAAGGUGGCGGUAACUCGAGUUCGUUUACUUCAUGAAAAACACCAACAAAGAAGAAGACGCGAGCGGAAAGAGCUGCCGGCGACAUUGACAACAACAGUUGCUGUCGUCGUCGCUGUCAUGGCUUUCCUCUGCAGAAGUGCUGCUUCGCUCCUGAAGUCCCCCAGAGCAGCGCCGGCUGUUCUGUCUGCGUGCCGCCUCUACAGCUCAGGUGGUCAGUAUGAGUAUAUUUUGGUGGAAAAGCGAGGUGAGAAGAGUGAUGUGGGUUUCAUCCAGUUGAACCGGCCCAAAGCGCUCAACGCUUUGUGUGAAGGGCUGAUGAGGGAGUUGAGGCAAGCCCUGGAUGUCUUUGAAGCUGACGGCGAAGUCGGAGCUAUUGUAAUCACCGGCAGCGACAGAGCCUUUGCUGCGGGAGCGGACAUUAAAGAGAUGCAGAAUAAGACUUUCCAGGAGUGUUACAGGACAGACUUCCUGGCUCACUGGAACAGAGUGUCCCAAUCAAAGAAGCCUGUAAUUGCAGCUGUCAAUGGAUUUGCUCUGGGUGGGGGCUGUGAGCUGGCGAUGAUGUGUGACAUAAUCUACGCCGGAGAGAAGGCGCAGUUCGGCCAACCAGAGAUCCUGUUGGGGACCAUUCCUGGGGCGGGUGGCACCCAGCGACUGACCCGUGCGGUGGGCAAAUCCCUGGCUAUGGAGAUGGUACUUACAGGAGACAGAAUUAAUGCGCAAGACGCCAAGCAAUCAGGUUUGGUGAGUAAAGUUUAUCCGGUGGACCAGUUGGUGUCUGAAGCUGUUAAAUGUGGCGAGAAAAUUGCUGCCAACUCCAAACUGGUCUCUGCUAUGGCUAAAGAGGCUGUUAACGCAGCUUUUGAAAUGACUUUGGCUGAGGGUAAUCAUUUUGAGAAGCGCUUAUUCCACGCUACCUUUGCUACAGGUGAUCAGAAAGAAGGCAUGACAGCUUUUGUGGAGAAGAGGAAGGCCAGUUUCCAGGACAGUUAAAAAAGAGCAGACCAAGCGCUCGGCCAGGAAGUUCCUGAUAUCAGCGAGUAAUUUCCUCAUCUGCAAUAAGUUGAAUGAUGCAAAAAUCCUGAUUGUAGUGAAACACAGAAGAUGUUUAAAGGAUUUGGUACUGUGUGAUUGCACAAGAGUGUCUUAUCACAGUGAAGCUCUACCUGCUGAGGUUUGGAGUGCAGUGGUGUUUGUACUCUUUGAUAACUGCCAAUGUGUCAUAGGAGGAAUCACUCUUGAUGACUUGUACUGACUUUGCUUUUUAAUGUUCACUAUCACAUUUCUCUGCAUUUUGUAGGGAACUUAUUUCUCUGUACAUUUUACAAAUAAAUAUCUAGAGUGCUUUUCAGUACUGAGACAUGAACGGAAA